CUUCUGCACAUGGGUGGACUUUAUAGAACCACCCUAUGAAUACCUGUAUCCUUUUCUGAUUCAAGAACAUUUCACGUUACCUCCAGUCUUUUCACUCAUCUGCCAUGGCUCAUCAACGCUCCCUUGACCAGAGCAUGUUCAGCGAUCUAGUGGAAGGCGCUCAAGUCGACAAGCAUGAUCUGAACGCUCUCGUGUUGGACUAUCUCUUGAUAGAAGGCUUCUCUGACGCCGCAGUCGAGUUUGCCCGCGAGACGGGUCUGCCUGUCGAUGUCGAUCAUGACCUUGUUAAUGAACGGCUUGGUAUACGGCAAGCUGUGGAAGACGGGCGGGUAGAAGAAGCUGUGCUACGUACCAACGAGCUAGACCCAGAGAUCCUAGACAACAAUGCGCCUCUGCUCUUCCACCUCAAGCUUUUACGUUUGGUCGAGCUCAUACGGUCUGACAAUCUCGAUACCGCCCUCGAGUUUGCCACGCACGAGCUCGCCCCCCGCGGUGCCCAAAAUCCCGAGUUUCUCUCCGACCUCGAGCGCGCUAUGGCCCUCCUCGCUUUCCCCGACCUCGCCCGAUACGCCGACGACUCGUCCCCCUCGGACAAGAAGCCCGCCCUAGCCCCAGACACUGCCGCCCUAUUCGAAGAAGCAGCCUUUGACCCCAUCAAGGGUCUGAUGAAGAAGGCGCACCGAGUACAAGUCGCCCGAGAGCUCAACAUGGCCAUCUUGGAAAAUCAGGGGUAUGGGACGGAUACCAAGUUGAGUGGGCUUAUUAGGCUUAUGGCGUGGGGCGAGCAAAAGCUGGUGGAAAGUUCUGGUAUGCCUAUACCUGAGGCUGAGCAGAAUAGGGGUCGGGCGUGGGCUGAUGCGGUGUUGGGUGUGGGGUUGGAUUGUUGAUAUACUUGCUUUUUUGACGACUAACGGGGUUGUAUCUUUUGCGUUGUAGAAAUAGAUAUGUUUGGACCAUGCACUUUUGUAUCGUAUGCCUGAAUGAUUAGUCUACAUGUCUUGUCUGUUAAUCUACGUGUCCAAGGUGG